CAGGAGCAGUAGAGCUGAGUUCACGCAGUCCCGUGGACCUCGCAGGAAAUGAAAUUGGGGAUUUUUGCAGUCUGAAGAUGAAGAAUGACACAAAGAUAAUGUCUUCCCUCCUUUGACUUUGUCUGCUGCCUGUAACAACCAGUAGGCAAGAUGAAGGUGAAAUGGACCAUGCUGGGCAUGGUUGUCUUCUUUCUGCUCUCCGUGGUCAUGACCUGCAGCUUCAUAUGGCAGUAUAGGAAGACAAAGCUGAAUAGAGAAGUGGUUGUAAAUCAAACACCAGUUGAGCAGAUGUGCCCUCUCUUUCCUGAACCAGUGCCCCUCAAACAUCCCAUCACAUCACUGAGGGUGGCCUUAGAAAGGAUAGAUGUACUCCUGAAGACGCGCGUUCACGCCGCCAGGCUGCCAGCAAUAUCAGCCAUCGUGGUUUUAAACGACUCUGUUCUGUGGAAUGGAAACUUUGGCAAGAAGAACGGAAGCGACCCCUUCUCUUCACCACCCAACGAGUACACAGUGUACAGAAUUGCAAGCCUCUCUAAGAUCUUCCCCACACUGAUGCUAUACAAGCUGUGGGAGGACGGCGUGGUGGAAUCUCUGGACGACCCUCUGGAGAAAUAUGCGGACAACUUCACCAUUAAGGACCCGCUGUGGAAAGGUGGGGGACCGGCGUCCUCGUCAGCCAGGACCCUCGGCCACCGCUAUCCUGCACUCAGCCUGCGCAGGAUGGCCAGCCAGCUCUCUGGGUUACCCAGAAGAUUAAGGUCAACUAAUCUUCUUUGGAGCGGAGACACAGAGGCAGCCCUUAAUUUGUUACAGGAUGAUAUCCUCGUGGCAGAUCCAGGCACCAAAUGCCACUACAGCAAUGUUGCUUUUUCCUUAUUGGCCAACGUCUUGGCCAAGAAGGUGACUGGCUCCGACUUUGAGAGCUGGGUGUCCAAAAAUGUUCUGGAGCGGCUCAGCAUGGAGGACACAGGUUUCAGCUUAACUCCGUCCAUUCAGAGGCAGAUGGCUGUGGGUGUGUACAGCAAUGGCCAGCCAGCUCCCCUCUACAACCUCGGCUGGUACCGACCUGCAGGCCAAAUGUAUUCCACAGCAGCUGACAUGGCCAAGCUCAUGAUGGCUCUUCUCGGCGCAUACGGCGGGACCCUGCUCCGCCAGGACACCAUGAACACCAUGCUAACCCCGGUCUUCAAAUGCCACAGCGGCUACUUCGCUAACUCCACCGGCACACCGUGGGAGAUCAACGAGCAGUUUGGUUAUGACGUGGUGAGGAAGGACGGCGACCUGGACGGUUAUGCGGCCACCCUCUCCCUGGUGCCACGGCUCAAACUGGGACUGGUGGUCCUGAUGGCCGGGGUUCGGCCUGCAGACCAGGACCUUGUGAGACAGGCCUACAGCUAUCUCAUCCCCGCAGUAGAGAGAGCUUUCAGGGACGCUCGACGAACUCUCAGACCGCCGCCCGACCCAGCUCCAUAUGUGGGCUUUUUCACCUACAAGAAUAUGACUUUCUAUGAGAUUAAGGUGGACUCAGAUGGGGUGCUGGUGAUGCAGCAGUUUGGACCACAGGUGGACACAACUGUCCCAAUCAAGUACCGAACUAUUCGGCUGGAUUACCUGCAGGACAGGGUGUUCAGGGUAGUGUUUGAGAGCCCGUACCCUUGCAAGCUGAAGGUUAACAGCGCCUCCGUCUCCCUGGAGGCACAGGACAGACAGCUCUUCAACUUUUACCUCUUCAACGAGAAAGGUGUGUCGCCAGGGUUUGAUUCCCCUGGACUCAACACUUACUGGGUGACAAGGAUAGCUGGCAGACCAUUCUUUACUUCAUAAAGACAGGAACUCAACUUAGAACAGGUUUGGGGGGGUUGUGUCAAGGAUUAAUGCAGUGGGAAGCUUGAUGUGGUAAACACAUGGCAGUUUUCAAUUGUUGGGUCAGUGGUCAUGUGAUGCUCUCUUGGGUUCAUGUGAUUAUUGUAUUCUAAUAUUAUUUAUUUAAUACUCCUCUGCUUAUAAUACCAAUUUUAUCAUCUAGUCUUCCAGAUCUCCAAAGGAGUCUUUAACUAGCACAAGCAAAGCAAAACUGAUGAUCGUAUGUAUAAAUGUUUCUUUAGAUGUGUUUGGUUAAUGGACAACGUGGCAGUAUUCCUCUUCAACCUUUAUGUGCCUGCAGUGUGACCUGGAACUCAUUGAAAUGUCAAGUGGUCAAGUUUUUCAAGAUUUGAAUCCACCAGGGAAUCAUGUGAAGACGCUUUCAAUGCCAUUACAAAAUAACAUGCUAAAUAAAAACUUGUGGUAUUAAUGUUUACUAAGUGUUCAUUAAGCGUUAAUUAAGUGUUUAUUAAGUGAAAAUGUACAUGUAAACAUCAAUAUACAUGUUUAUGCAAGUUUUUUACAUAUUGGUAGACAUACAGUUAACACUGAGGUGACCAUAAAAGUAGGCUAUCCAUUGAACAACCCUACGAUAUAACACCCCAUAUACAUACACAAGAAACGGUGUUCAAUAUAAUAUAAUAAUUCAAAGUUCCUCAAGGUUUUGCUUUCUUAAUGUGGUAUUUUAGAGGGCGUUUUUCAUAAUUUUUUAUCAUUUUUAUAAAUUUUCGGGUGGUAAAAAAAUGGUUAAAUUUAGGACCAAAUCUUAAUGAACUAAUUAAAAUUAAAAUUAAUGAAUGUUUAUUUCUGAUUUAUGACUGAUGUACUGAUGAACCCAUGUACCCCCCUAAAAAAGACAAAAACGGGUGUAUGGUGGCUCCUUUAGGGUUAAUAUAGAU